AUGGGUUGUGGUGCAGUAGAUAGGGCUGUUCCACCCUUAACCAGAGGUGAGGGUUCAACCCUGGGUAUAAAGAAACUCUAUUGGGAGCGCUGCCACCUUGAUGGGCCCUACAACUUUUAUUCUUCCGUCGGAGCUAUGGAUUCCAGCGAUUGGCGGACUCAAUUUCUGCCUCAUUCUCGUCAAAGGAUGGUCAACAACAUAAGGGACACCUUAAUAGGGCAUGUUCGUGUUUAUACUGGUGUUUAUACUCAAGAAGUAGUACAAGAGCUUAUGAGAAUUGCAGUGAUGUUUGAGGAAAAGGUCUAUGCUUCUGCGACAAGUCUGCAAGAUCAUUUGCAAAAGAUAUCUUUUAAGAUGCGUACAAUUGAUAUUAGAUAUCAAAAUCGUGUGACCAAUCCUCUACUUCCCAAUGCAGCUAGUAGUGGCCCGAAUGCCCAUGGCGCAGGUGAACAAUGA